AUGUCGUGCGAAUUCGAGCGGCAGCUCGCCGCGGUCCAGGAGCGACUCGCGGGCGUCGUCUCGAGCUCGGACGACGUCGCGUCCGCGGCGCCGAGGGCGCUGUCCGGAUCCGCGCCGAACCUCGUCGUCGCCGACGACGGAACCCCAGGCGCGGAGAACACGUCCGACGCCAAGCAGCUCGUCGAGCAAGCGCUGUGCUGCGUCCUGCACGAGCUCGUCGUCGACGCGGGCGAGGCGAGGGCGCCGUUCAUGGAGUACGCCGGGAGAGAGGGCGGCAAGAAGAAGAAGGUGAAGGCGUCGUCGGCGUCGCUGCCUCGACUGUUAGAUCUCUCGUUGACGCUCAGCGAGUGGGGCGUGUGCGAUCACGGCGUCGUGUUCACCGUCCUCGAGCAGCUCGUGGAGUGCUGCACGAUCGCGGACGCGCAGGACGUCUUCACGUGGAUCGAAGGCAAGCGCACGCGUCUGAACGCGGACGUCUUGUGGCGCCGAGGGAAGCUCAUCAUGCUUCGGACGUGCAACGACCUCCUUCGAAGGCUUUCCAAAACCAACGACGCCACGCUUCGCGGCCGCGUGCUUCUGUUGCUCUCGUCGCUGUACGCGCUGAGCGAGCGGAGCGCGCUGAAUCUCGCGGGGAAUUACAACCGCGCGAACGUCACGACGCUGGACGAGCUCGAGGUCGGAACAAACGGCGCGGAACAGGGCGGCGGAGGAGGGAAGGGGAAGGGGAAGGGGGACGACGACAAUGAGGACGAGGACGCCAUGGAGACGGACGACGCGGCGAAAACGAACGCCCCCGUGGUGGACGUGCGGUUCUACAAGACGUUCUGGUCGCUGCAGACGUUCUUCCAGAACCCGAACGUCGCGCUCGGCGUCGCCGGCGGGUGGGACGCGUUCUACGCCGCGUUUCAGGCUGUGUUGGAUAACUUCGAGACGCACCGGCUGGACGCGUCGGACGAGACGGCGGCGACGACGGCGGAGGAGAGCGCGCUGGGGGUCAAGUAUCUCACCGCGGCGCCGCUGCUUCAGCUGCAACUCCGCGACCCCGCGUUUCGGCGAUCUUUCCUGCUUCAGUGCGCCAUCCUCCUCGGGCACUGCGAGGGCCCGCCCGCGCUGCCCAAGGUGAAGCGCGACCAGGUGGCGAAGGCCAAGGCGCGGGUCAUGGCGGCGACGGCAGCGACGCCGCCCAACGCGCGCGGCGUCGAGUUCGCCGAGUUCGUCGCCGCCGCGUUGAAGCGCGAGGUGUAUUGGGUGGGAUGGAAGAAGGACAACUGCAAGGACUUUCAGCGCGCGUCCGAGCCGCGGCCGCCGCCGAAGCCGCCGCCGCCGGUGAUGCGCAAGCGCCCGCGGCUGGGGACGAAGCAGCCCGCGGUGCCCCCGGAGAAGCGCGUGAAACUGGGCAACCCGGAGCUCGACCGCCUGUGGAAUCUCUCCGUGGACAACGCGUCUUCGCUGCGCGAGAAGAAAGCGGAGGAGACGUCGAUGGCGACGUUUUUACAGCCCGUCCUGGACGACAUGGACCCGGAAGCGCAGAUCGAGGAGGCGUACAAGCAGAAGAACGACAAGGUGUUCGUGUGGAAGGCGUUGAGGAUGAUCGCGAAGGAAAACCUCUCGGCGUUUUCCAAGCUGGGGACGGAUGACAUGGAGGCGGUGGUUCCGGGGUUGCUCGGCGUGGAGCCGCCCGGGGGGGGCGGGGAGAAAUCGGAACCGGAACCGGAACCGGAACCGGAACCGGAACCGGAACCGACCGGCGGCGGCGAGGAGGAGGAGGAGGAGGGCAAGGCGGAGGACGCCGCGAAGACCGAGAGCGGGGAAAAAGGCGGGAAACCCCGGGACGGGGACGGGGACGGGGACGGGGACGGGGACGCCGCGGCGGCGGUGGCGAAAGCCGUGGAGGCGCUCGAGGCGAAAGUCGCCGCGGACGCCGCCGCGCGUUCGGACGAAGGGAACGUCGACGACGCGUCCAUGGAGCAAGAAGCCGAGGACCUGCCGGAGUAG